UGUCAAGGAAAAGAGUUGCAAAUUACGUGAUACGUUACGGCAUCUAAGCAUACAUCUUUAUAGUAUUACAUCCAAGCAACAUAGUCCUUCAUAAAAAGAGCAGACCUAGACUAAACACAGAAAAUGGCAAAACACUCAACCCGCACUUGUUUCUUUUUAAAAUUCAUAUUUGGAAUUUGAAAUUUCACUUCUUCUGACAUAUGAAAUUCCAUAAGUUUAACCCAUAUGACCUAUGUGUGCUGAGAUUAAAUGGAAACCAAAUGCUUAACAUCAAUUCCCUAAUUUCUCUUAUGAGCUGUCUUUCAAGUAUAGAAGUUCUUCGUUCAUAGAAAGAAACAAAAACAUCCAAGUACUGUUAAUUUGUCAAAGAACGUAUAUUUGGUAAUGUCAGACACCUAAGAAGGUGGUUCUCCACUAAGGCAAAAGCUUACCAAGAAUGAUCCCAUGUGCUCCUCUGUAAUAAGAUGUUGUUACCGUUCCAAACCUCUCCUGUCCAGCUACAAUAACAACACAAAACCAAGUUCAAAAGGGUCCAGAGAAGAUGCAAUCAAUUUUCAUUAGAGACUGCGGGCAGGUUCGAACUCACAGCACCUAAAUUUAAAUGUCAUGAUUGAGCUGCAGCAAAUUGUCACUAAAUUGGUGUAAUUUUCCCUCCCCAGAGAAGGUCUGUGAUACUUGUGGCUUCAGAAUAUCAUAACCUUACCCCAGAUCCAGAGAAUAAAAUCCAAAAUGUAAACUAAGCAGCUGAACCAAUAUCACUACUGAGAAGUGCUUAAAUAAAAGGGGGCAAUUCCAUGGUAGAUUAAUACACACAACAAAUGGACGACAUUCUCAUGAUAGCAUUAACUACAGCAUCAAGCUCGAAACGAGAGAACAAUUAGUAGACAAUGAACUAGAAAAUAAUGGAUAACCUUUCAAAAUAAAGACAGAAAGGCGAAGAACACCCACGAUGGUCAGGAUAAUUCCUUCACUUAACGGUACACUCGCAGUUAUGAGUAAAGUCUGCACAGGUAGUAGAAACACCAAUUACCUGUAUCCCACAUCGUAAGCUUCAAUCUUUUAUCAUUGGCCAUGACGGUCUUGAUUUUGAAGUCCACACCUGCAUUCGUCGAACCAGAAUAUGAUGUAUAUGUAUGCCAGCAAACCAAAUGCCAUACAAUAGGUACACAGAUGCAUAUCAGCACCAAUUUUUUCUUAAGAAAUCCUUAGUAACUGACAGGGACUCCUGCUCUUCCACAGAUGGAAGUCUCAAAGAAACAGAUUAGCAAAUCAUCAAACAAAAUAUAUGUCAAUCCACCCAAUAACUCCGAACCCCAAAUGAGAAACUUUCAGGAAUUCCAAAUCUUGUACCAUGUCACUUUCGGUGCAAAUCAGGCAGAACCGACAACCAAAACCCAAUACAUGCAAUGCAAGCAUGCAGAGAUGAUGACUUUACUACCGUGAGGCCGCUAAGCUCCCUCAUGUCUACCAUCUACUACUGAAAGAAAAUUUCACUGGAGCACUUCAUCAAACCAGUUGCAGGCAUAAUUUGAUUCCAGAAAGAAAAUAGGGACCGAUGAGAUCAGGGUAGCACGAAUUGUUCCUUGUUCGUUUCCCAAAAAUCAACCAGAGGUUCCAUUUACGACUAUUAAGAACGAUUCAUAAUUCAUGCUGACAAGCACAAAAAGUUGCCAAUUUUACCACCCGGAUUCCCGAACCACGGGAAAAAUUGGGCGAAAAAUGGAGAGAGUAAUCAGAAACCCAUGCGACGACAGACAAAUCCAGGGAAGAAGGGAGUGAUAGAUACCAAUAGUGGGCGAGGGAUCGUGAUCGGCGUCGGAAAUGAAUUUGAGGAGAAUACUGCUCUUGCCGACGGCGGAAUCGCCGAUCAUGAGAAUCUUGAAGGAGUAAUCGUGGGCAGGGGAGCCUCUGGAAGCGGAAGGAGUGGAAGGAGGAGAAGCAGAAGAGAAAUUAAAAGAAGAGGCGGCAGCUGCUGCCAUAUCUUUCUCUCUUCUCCCUCCGCAAAAACGAAGAACCCUUUUGUGUGUUCCUUCCUUCCUUGUGAAUGAUGGGUACGGACCGUACAAAGAAGGAAACUUUGCCGGAAUUUGAAGCGAUUGAAGAAGAGAAAGACGAUUAGAGAAAGAGAGAAGGCGCCGAUCGAAUCAGGAAAAAAAAUAUUGUUGUUGGGUGAUAAUGGGAUUAAGGGGAGAGAGUGGCGUUGGCGCCUUGGCGAGUAGUGUUCUUCCCUUUCUGCUGCUGCUGACAGGUGUUUCGGAAAAAAACAAUAUAGGACAUAAAAAAAU